AUGCUCUUCUGUCCAGAUGUAGCACAACUCAAUAAAGAGCCUCCAACUAAUAUUGAACAUUUCCUUGUCCCUGUCGCUAUUGUGCUUGCUUUAGGGGGGUUUAUGCCCUGGGCUCUGUACAAUGGAUGGAGUGGUGCCACCUAAAAAUCUAGGAAUAGCCAAUAAAUAUCUUGUCAUGAAAAGGUUCAAACUUCACAAAAAUGUACACCCUGCACUACUACCACAUUCUAUGGGCUCACUCAACAAAAUGCCCGUCAACAGCCAAUCAAAAUUCAGCAGCAUUUGGAAGCAAUUGUUUUUUUUUUUUUUCAAUUUUAAACAAAUCAGAUCUGGUAUACAGUAUCUUAAAAAUGAAUGCUGUCUUUAUAAUCCUAAACCGUAACAUUUACAAUUUAUACAAACAUUAUUUAAUCUGUUGUGGUCAAAACAUUAAACCUUCUGGGUAGCGAGCACAUUAUCGUUGGACCCCGAUGAUCGCUGCUUGCGGCUAUUUUUAAGCUUAUUUAAACGUAUUAUAUUGAUAUUAUUAUGAUAGUGUGCAUCCCUGUCCUGUUGUAAAUGUCCAUACUGUUACGCCUGUAGCACUGGGACUGGUGCAAAGUCCUACGCAUCCGCCAUAGGCUAUGCCGCCUGACACUUUAUGACAGUGGGCCUAACUGGCAAAAAUAAAUAUUGGAAAUUAAAGUAAUUUAGCCGAGACUCUGUAUACCGCUUAAAACAGACCCUUUAACAACAGACUACUCUUAUCCAAUAUAAUGAACGAUUAUGGUCCACGGACCUAGCAUGGGAUAACGGGAUAUCAUUGUAUUUCAUACCGGCUAAUACCAGUUGGCUCAUUUUACUCGAAGCCACAACGCGUCGGAGCUCGGUCCCACCCUCCACUCCGCCUGCUCUUCCUAUGCUCCCAGUUCUGGGAAUUCUGUUAGAGGGACUGAAGUGUUGGUUGAGCGUAUCAUGUGCGCAACUGAAAAAUACAGCUUAGUUAACCCAUCUCGGAUACCUAAAACAUGCUAUGUGGAUGACAUUCGGUCAUAAAUCUUGGCAUAAGGAUACUCACGAUCAUACUAACAGGAGGAAACGGUUCUUACGGGGGGGGGGGAAUCUCUGAUGCUGCUUUUUAACCGUCACCUACACAAGCUUCCCAGCAUGUAUUCCACGCUGCUCUGCGUCCUGUGUCUGAUCUUCACAGUCAGUCCUAGUCUGUGUCAAGACGAUUCCCCACUUGACGUCCCUCAACAGAUCAGGCUAGAUAAAGACUUUGAAGCUCAGAGGUUGGCCGUCACGUGGCAUGGUAACCUUGGGUCUGUCUUCGACAUUGAGAUCUACCGCACUGAGUUCAUGGACAUUGUUUUUAAUGAGACAGUGGAGCUGAGCACUGGGAAAAACGCUGGGGAUUGCCACUGGAACUGGACCUCCACGGUGCCUCUAGAAUGCACCUCCCAUUCGGUCAGGAUCCGCUCCCGAGACCUGCUCCGAGUCAGCGAGUGGAGCCCUUUGCAGACCACUGAGGGGAGUGACUUCCCAGACAACACAGGGGCCAAGAUGUAUCCAGUUGACAAGGUGGUCCUCGCUGGAACCAACACCACUUUCUGCUGUAUCCUGGGUGAAGGGCAGGUUCUGCAGGAGAUCCUCUACAUGAAGAGUGUCAUGAAGGAGGUCAGGCUGAGCAGGAGGACAUACGCGGUCACUCAGACCCUUCAGCCGCCCUCCAACAUCUCCGGGACAAACGUCUUCUGCGUGGAUGAAACAAAUGUCGCUGUGGACGGUGCUGUCAUAUUUGUUGGAUACCCACCUGGUGAUGACGACCUGAUCUGUGAAACGCAGGACCUGGUCUCUGCGGUGUGUCAGUGGAAAGAAGGCCGCUCUACUCACCUGUGGGGCAGACGGGACACACGCUACACCCUGAACGGAAGAGACUGUAAAAUUGUCAAGAGAGCCAAGAAAUGCGGCUGGGAGCAGUGGGAGAGUAACUGGACCCUUGUUGCCAAAAACCCCUUAGGAAUGAGAGAGAUCAGAGACUCAGCACCACUCAGCCAGAGAGUGCAUCCUGUGGCUCCUGAGAGUUUAAAAGUCUUGGUGAGAAAUCCUCGGAAUGCCACUUUACAGUGGUCUUGGCGAUAUCAGGGAUAUGAGGCUUUCCCCUUGAUAUGCCAGGUCAAUGUUGCAUCUAAUGGAAUCUCAGUCACACGUAACUACUCAGGAGCAGGACUGUCCCUGGUCUUGCUGGAGGAUUUGUGGCCCUAUGAAACCUACAGGGCACGUGUCCGCUGUGGAUCCAAAAACUAUUUCUGGAAGUGGGGCGACUGGAGUUCGGAGAGCAGCUUCCGGACCAAAAUGGACAGGCCGGAGACACCAGAUAUGUGGAUAUGGAUGGGGAGUGACAAAUCCGGUCGAGUCCUAUGGAAACCUCUAUCUAAGACCGAAAGCCACGGCGACUUCAUUCGUUACGACGUUACUCAAGGAAGUGCGUCAGAUGAAGGGUUGCAGCGCCUGGAAGUGCCAGCGAGCCAACUCAGUGUUCCCCUCAGCCUGCAGGACAACACCAGCGAACCGUUUGUCACGCUCCUCGCCCGCAACUCCAAAUGGGCUUCUCAUACCUCCCAACUUCUGGUCCCCAAAUACUUGGCAGAUGUAGAUGUUACUGGGUCUGAGAUCUCCAGUAGUGAUGGAGGUUUUGACAUGUCCUGGCUUGCCUCUGCAAAUGCAAGUCGUGGGUAUGCGGUGGAAUGGUUCAACACCUCCUGCGGUCAGUACUGUAGUGUGGACUGGCUGAAAGUUCCAGAAGCUACUACGAGUGCCAGGAUUGAGUCACGUGGCCUUGAGGCAGGAGUGAGAUACACCAUCUCUGUGUAUGCCCUCUCUGAUGAGGCUCCACAGUUGUUGGAGAGAAGGCAUGGCUAUCUUGAGGAAAUGGUUUCUGCUGAACCUGUUCCAUCCCUGGAGGCAAGUCAGUACGAAUCCAGCGUGUUGCUCUCCUGGCAGGAGAUCCCGCUGCAAAGCCAGAGGGGAUUUGUACAGGGAUACAAUGUUUAUCUUGCCAAUAUCUCCAAAUACACCCUCUUAGCCAACAUCACAGAUCCCAGUGUAAGGAACUACACCAUCAGGAAGCUUGGACUUGGCACGUACAAGUUUACUGUCAGGGCCUACACCUCAGCAGGGGAGGAUGGCGGCUCUACAGUCUCCAUUAAGUUGGAGCCUUACGCUGAUCUCCUCCUGUUUGAGAUACUUAUCGCUCUGGCAGCCAUGAGUGGCUUUUUCAUCCUGGUUACCGCUGUGUGCUACAGGAAAAGACAAUGGGUGAAGAAGGCCUUCUAUCCAGAAAUACCUGAGCCCAAGCUUCCAGGGCAGUGGAGCACAUCCCAGGCCACACUGGACGUGAAGCCCUCUCCUCACAGCAUGGUGCACAUCGUGGAGAACCCACAGUGGGACUCCAGCAAAGAGGGCCUGGUGCCGGUGUCCGAGGAGGACGAGGAUGGCGACGAGUCGGGCAGCGAGCCCACCGACACGGACUCAGAUGAGCCGGGUCUGCUCCGCUACUACAACCAUGUGAUGGGAGACAGUGGCCAGGCCCCACGCCUCCCCAUCGACUCUUCCUCCAGCUCCGUGGGCUCGGCCGACACCGAUGUCACCUACACGGGCAUCCAGACCUCCCCCUGUGCCCUGGAGGUGCCAGCCCAGGUGGAAGCUCAGGCCGCAGGGGGGUACCGACCCCAGGCCCAGGUAGUGCAGCAGCAGCAGCAGCAGCAGCAGCCGGGUCAGUCAGAUGCCGAGCCCAAAGCCGGAGCUCCUUCCCCGGCCUCGUUCGGAGGCUACAAGCCUCAGUGCACCUGGAGGCCGGACUCCCCAGAUGCAAAUGGCUUUGAUUGUUCGGUGGGCAGCCCCACUUCAGUCAACUCCUCCCAGUUUCUGAUCCCAGACGUCUCGUCGGAGGACUCCAGGAACGCUGUGUCCUCGACCACGUGGAUUCCGAGCUUCAUGUCGGGCAAGCCCUGAAGCCAGCUCUCGUUUUCACACUGGUUUUUCCAAAGUGUUCUGACCCAAAAGACUGAAGGGCUGUUCCAUUGAGCUUUGUUUGGGAGUUUGAAAUUCACCUAAGCAUGUACUAACACUAAUUAUGUUAUACACUACUCACAGAUGUUUUUGUUUUUGAGCAGCUCAAUGAGAAUCUACCUGUACUACUGAGACGACAAAGACAUUGCGGACUAAGAGGAUGCCAAGUAUAGAGACACUUCUUGGUGAACAUCUUAGACAUGCUAAGUGUUACAUUUGAAUCAAGUAUCAAGUGUUGUUUAUGUAAUAUAUGUGUGUUAGCCUGUAUGUGUGUGUGUGUGUGUGUGUGUGUGUGUGUCUGUCAAUGAGAGUCUAUGUUCAUAUUUUAAUAAGCUGAAAAAAAAACACUACAAAUAUUUUGGUCAACAUAAAUAUGCUGUACUAUGAGAUGAAAACACACUACAUUUGGACACGUUUUUGUGUUCUACAGUAAUUUUCUAAUAGUCAUACUCUUGGAAGCUUACCGUUCAACACCGUAUCUCACAUUAUGCCUUUAAUUGUUAUGCUGCCAACAAAAUGCACUUAUGUAACAGUCCUUUUGUGUUGUACCAGUCACACAAAAAACUAUCCACUUUGUGGAUUCCACUGGUGUUAAGAAAGGGAUUGGUUUUGGGAAGACAAAACUUCCAAAGACUUGUAAUAGACAGGUCCAAAGAUUGUGGAACAAAUUGGUGAAACAAAGUUAUUGAUCUGGUCACAGUAGAUGAGGUCAAACCCUUAGGUUGUAGAUACCAUCUUUGUAGCUAUCUGUGUGUUGUUGCCUCAUGAACAUUGUGCAAUCAGCAGUGUUAAGGGUAGUGCAUCUUCCAGAAAGCUUUUUUUGUUUGUGUUUUGAUGGCUCACGAUGUUGUGUCAGCUUCAACGCUGAGGUUAGCAGUAGGGUAUUGGACAACACUACGAGGAUGCCAUUUGUCAUGAUGGAUAAGAUUAUGCUUCAAAUGACUACUGUGAAGAUACUCUUCAUGAUAUAUGGCUGGACUUUUUCUUUCCUUAACUGCUGUUUAGGUUGUACUGGAGUCAAUACAAAGGUGCCGCGGUCAUUUCUCAGGUUAUAGAAUGGGACAACUUGCAUAGAGUUGCCUGGCAUGUGAAGAAUCUAAUAGCAAAAGACAAUGGGGCAUCAUGUAACUAGAUCAGCUAUUGUACAGACUGAGUGUAUUGGGAAAUGACUAUUGUUCUAAGCCUGUUGUAUUGAGGCUGUAAGUGCUACUGUGACAUAGAUCCUAUAUAGACAUUCAUCGAGACAAACUGUUUAGAGGACAUCCACACAGUAGGCUCUUGUGAGUUACCGGUUUUGUGUGUGUGUGUGUGUGUGUGUGUGUGUGCGUGCGUGCGUGCGUGCGUGUGUGUGUGUGAGUGUUUGUGUGUGUGAGAGAGUGAAAGAGAGAGAGUGAGAAAGUCUGGCGUCUUUCUUUUAAACUGUGAAAUGGGGGGAGACAGGUUCAGAGGUGCAGACAGCUGUUUUUGCAGGCAUGAAAUACUUUUAUUGGCAUUAGUGGCCAGUGAGCGUUACACUUGGUUGUUGAAAUUGUAAAUGCAAGAUAAAGUUAUUGGGUAAAAUGAAGCGUCAGCAGAUGUAAUGGUGCAUAAUGACAAAAGGAACAUGACAUUGCCAGUAGCUGUGAUCUUGUUGAUGACAAUUUGCUGCAUUCUUUGCUGUUUUACAUGCAUGCAUAGCUGAUGUAAUUAACACAAACUGUAAAUCAUUGCUUCUGUGUGGAUUAAUAUUUAUAUAAUAUCUACUGUUGAACUAAUAAUUGACAGCUUGUGCAUGAUAUUAUGACUAAAUCUAUAAUAAACUAUAUAACCAUUAAAACACUGAAUACCCAUUUAAA